ACACACACACACACACUGACACACACACACGCUGCCCUGGUGAUUCAAGGCUGAUUUCCAGCGAGGAAGCGUCAGAGUGGAUGCCAAAAAAGAGCGGAGCAGCGGUGGACAAGUUUGUGGCGCUGAAAAAGAAUUUUUUUCAAAAAGGUUUCUUCUUUUUCGCUGUCGAAGAGAUAGCAGGAGAGGCGAAACGCCGGCAAACAAGGCUGAAGUUGCGCACAGCGUGGCAGACUUUGAGCGGCACAAUUGUUGUGACUUGACUCCAGAGGCGCACAAAAGAAGCGAACAACAAGAAGGAGAGGACUAACUAACGAGCACGCUUUGUCGUCUUCGCUUCUUUCUCGACACUGCGCCGAACUUCUGUGUCUUUACACUUUUUUUUAUUCCCUUUUUGGUAAUAUUUUUCAAGUUUUUUUUUUGAGUGUAUCUCCCACCGGCGUGUGUGGCGUUUUUGUCGCCGAGACAGCGAGUGGACGCGCGGGGGGCCGAGAGGAGCCGGAGCCGGGCUGCCCACAUGCUCCAACCACUGGCGUAAAAGUUGACUUCUUCCCAACACAAGAGAACAGGUGCCAGUGAUGAUGGUGGAAUCAGCCUCUGAGACCAUUCGAACGACACCGUCCGGCCAGAACGGAGUCAGCAGCCUCAGCAGCCAAUCAGAUGGCGGGGGAGGGAGAGAAGGCGGUUCAAACGGAGACACCAACGGGGAGAUCAGCCCGGUGGACUUACUGCACCUGCAACAGCAACAGGCUCUUCAGGCAGCCAGACAGUUCCUCCUCCAGCAGGCCUCUGGGCUCAACUCCCCUGGCAGCAACGAGGUCAAGCAGAGUCCCGUGCAGGUCCCUGUCUCCAUGGCUAUGAUGAGCCCACAGAUGAUCACUCCACAGCAGAUGCAACAAAUCCUGUCGCCCCCUCAGCUCCAGGCUCUGCUGCAGCAACAGCAGGCUCUCAUGCUAUCGCAGCUCCAGGAGUACUACAAGAAGCAGCAGGAGCAGUUACAUCUGCAGCUUCUGACUCAGCAGCAGCAGCAGCAACAACAGCAACAGCAGCAGCAACAGCAACAACAGGCUGGGAAGCAAGCAGCAAAAGAGCAGCUCGGCAGUAAGCAGCUGGCCUUCCAGCAGCAGCUGAUCCAGAUGCAGCAGCUUCAGCAGCAGCACAUCCUCAACCUGCAGAGACAAGGCCUGGUGCCCCUGCAGCCCACCGCCGCCAUGCAGUCCCUGCAGCAAGCGAUGUGUCCGUCAGACCUCCAGCAGCUUUGGAAGGAGGUGUCGGGGGUGCCGAGCAGCGAGGAGGCCUUGAAACAAGCCGAAGGGCUUGACUUGAGUACCAACAGCUCUAAUUCUACCUCAGCCUUCCCCAAAGCGGCCGGCGCACACAUUCCGCUGCAUAGCCUGCCCAAUGGACAGAGCCACACCCCAAAGAGAGACAGAGCCAGACUGUUUGAGUGGAUAUCCUCCUUCACCAAGGCAGACAGCGGAGACGACCAUGCCCCCCUUUACUCCAAAGGCAGCCAACCCCCAACCAGCCAUCACGAGGAGCAUGCGGGCUCCCAUCCUCUGUACGGCCACGGAGAGUGCAAGUGGCCCGGCUGUGAAGCGCUGUGCGAGGACAUGGGACAGUUUAUCAAGCACUUGAACAACGAGCACGCCCUAGAUGACCGCAGCACCGCUCAGUGCCGAGUCCAGAUGCAGGUGGUACAGCAACUGGAGAUACAGCUGGCAAAAGAGAGCGAACGACUCCAGGCCAUGAUGACCCAUCUGCAUAUGCGCCCGUCAGAGCCGAAGCCAUUCAACCAACCUUUGAACCUGGCUUCCAGCGGCUCUCUGUUAAAGCGGGACAGCGAGGCCUACCCGGAGGGCCUCCCUCACCCGCCGACCUCGGCUGCGACCCCCAUCACUCCCCUGCGCCAGGGACCUUCGGUCAUCAGCUCGUCCAGCCUCCACACACACUCCCACUCCCAUUCUCACGCUCAUAACGUCGGGCCCAUUCGUCGGCGCAACUCCGACAAAUACUGCACACCCAUCGCCUCAGAGCUGGCUCAGAACUGUGAGUUCUACAAGAACGCUGAUGUCAGGCCCCCCUUCACCUACGCCUCGCUUAUACGCCACGCCAUUCUGGAGUCCCCAGACAGACAGUUGACUCUGAACGAGAUCUACAACUGGUUUACGCGAAAGUUCGCCUACUUCAGGAGAAACACGGCCACAUGGAAGAAUGCUGUGCGCCACAACCUGAGUCUGCACAAGUGUUUUGUUCGUGUUGAGAACGUGAAGGGGGCCGUGUGGACCGUGGACGAAGUUGAAUACCAAAAGAGGAGACCACCAAAGAUGACCGGGAGUCCGACACUGGUGAAAAACAUGAUUUCAGGCCUGGGUUUUGGAUCCCUAAACGCUAGCUACCAGGCCGCCCUGGCAGAGAGCAGUCUGUCCCUGCUCAACAGCCCCCCCCUGGUGACCCCGCCGUCUGCAGCCAGCCUCAACAUGCUGCACGUGGGCCACGAUGAUGUCAGCUCCACCGUGGAGCAGGUCAACAGCAACGGAAGCUGCAGCCCCACGCUCAGCCCCCAGCAGUACAGCCACCCAGUGCACGUGAAGGAGGAGCCCACUGAGAUCGAGGAGGACGGUCGGCCUAUCUCCCUCCUGGCCGGGGUCACACACAACCUGCCGUUGUCGUGCGACGACCGCGACUUGGAGGAGGACCUCCCCACCGAAGAUCUGGAGUAAGAUGAAUCCAGGAGGCGGGGCUUAGCGAGAUCAGUCCUGAAGAAGAAACCAUAGCAAAAAGAAAAAUAACAAGAAUGUUUUAUUUCCAUUUUUUUUUUUAUAUAUAUAUAUUUGUUGUUAUGAGCAAGCAACCAAGGAUGAUAUUGAGAAACUCCAAACAGGGUUUGAAGACCUCCAUUACUUUUAGACGCAAAAACUACUCUGUGGAGCACUGCUUUAACUUCACAUGUCUCUUCAAAACACACACACACACACACACACACACUGGCGCACUCCUUCACGUGUCAAAACCUCCUCCUUGGAGACCCAAAGAGGUUCGGACUCUCUUUUUCCUCCUCACUCGAGGCCCACAUCCAGGAUCAUGUGUAAAUAGAUUUGGAGCAUCUGCAAGGGGAGGGGCCUCUAUUCACCCCGCCCCUUUUUUUGGAGUCAAUCAUUUCAUUUACUUCAACCGGAUCCAAACAGAACUUGAGGGUGUCAGAAUGGGACGAGAAGACGGAUGCUUUCAAAGAAUACCUCGAACUGUGCUCUCGCACAUCCAUGUCUCUCCAUCCCUGUCUGAAGGAGGGACCGGGGAUGGGGGUGGUGGGGGAUGGGGGGGGGGGGCGAGCGUGGCCCCUUACACGGACAUCUUUUCAGCUUUUAUCAAAAACAACAAAAAAAAAACGAAGAAGACAAUGUCCCAAGCACCCAAAAAAAGACUGCAAGAAGAGGAGCAUCGGAUUUGGGCUGCAGGGAUGAACUUGGGACACCAGUAGAAGAAAAUAGCCAGGAAGUGUCUACAGAAAUAUUGUGACAAAAAAAAAAAAAAAAAAAAAGGAACCUGUCGAUGAUAUGGAAUAUAACAAGAAAAAAAUGUGUGGUAGCUUUCUUUGUCAUUUCCUAUUUUGGUGAUGUUAUUAUCAUUCUUUAUUUUUCACGAUCAUUAUUUUUCUGUUUCGAUGUACGGUAUCUUUGCUGAGGAUGCUGAUUUAUUUUUCUAUUGUUUUUUUUUUUCACACCAUUCCUAAAGAGUAUGAAAAAAAAAAAAGAACGCGCAGUAUUGUCCCCGCUCCCUUUCAGUGUAGCAGGCUAGAAAUUUGGAAAUAGCACUUAAAAGGUUACCAUUAAUCAAACAGAUUAUUUAAUCGCAGUUUUUUUUUCUUUUGUUUUAUUUAGUUUUGAUUAAUUCUGUCUCAUUCGCUUAUUUUGGUUCUUUAUUUUAGUUUGAGAGAUAUCAGUAACGCUUUAAAACAAAUGUAUAAAUAUAUAUUAAUGCAGUCAUAGAAUACCUCAUCCCACUAAAAAAGUUCCAAAUUCACAAGAAACAAAAGGGGGGAAUUGUUUUGGUGGGACACCAAAACGUGGCUCCGUGGUUGUGUUGAGUUGCUGCGUCGAUGCUAGCCAGCAUUCGCUGUGCGCGUAUGUGUUCGAGGAAUAUAGCACGUGACAUUUGGAGAUUUGGGGUUUUUAUUUUAUUCCAUGAGCAUAAAAAAAAAAGCAUCUUCAUAUUGCCGUGCCAAAUUGAACGUUUUUUCUUUUUUUUUUUUCGAAUAUCUGAUUCUCACUCCCGCGUUCUUUUUGUUACAGGUAACCAAAGAAAUAUUUAGAAAACCAAAAACCCUGUACUUUAUUUUAACCCUUUUCUUUUUUAUUAUUAUUUGAGCCCCCUCUCCCUUUUUCUUCCGUUUUAUAAGAACUGGCCAAAAGACAACAAACCAGGAGUUUGAGCUCUUUUUUUUUAUUGUGAUUUUUUUUUUUUUUUUUUUUAAUAUUGCUUGGAAGUUGAACAGGACUUACAGUGCUCACCAUUCCCGCAAACCAAAGUGUAGACGCAAACUAAAAAAUUGGACAUGGAAGCUUUUCCCAUCAGAUAUGAGGCCAAAUAUACAAAGGAGUAUCACACUGAAAAGAAAAAAAAAACCUUGUUAUCUUUUUUUUCUGUAAUAUUGAGGCUUUAUCCUAUUAAAUUACACAUUUUUUAAAAACAUGACAUUUGAUAAGAUUACAACUUUUUUCAUGACAAAUAUUUUUCUCACAAAAAUAUAACAUAAUAUUACUUUAUUAAUUUGAACUGCAACUAUCUUCACAAAAAAUACAUUAGAUUAUUCUGUUAUUACAUAUUUUUUCAUGGAAAAAAACAAAAUAUCCAACACCAAAAAUAAUUUAGUCUCAUCAGUUUUUUAUAGUAUUAUAGUCUUGUAGUAUGACCAUAUUAUUCUUUAAAAAUUGCAUCUUUUUCAUGAAAAAAUGUUUUUUUCAUUAUUUUAAUUUUAUUUAAUGUCCUCGAAAUUACAUUUUGUCAAAUUUGCAAAAUCAUCCGUUUUUUAUAGUAUUAUAGUCUUGUAGUAUGAUUAUAUUAUUCAUUAAAAAUUGCAUCUUUUUCAUGAAUUUUUUUAUUUUAUUUUAUUUUCAUUAUUUUAAUUUUAUUUAAUGUCCUCGAAAUUACAUUUUGUCAAAUUUGCAAAAUCAUCCGUUUUUUAUAGUAUUAUAGUCUUGUAGUAUGACCAUAUUAUUCUUUAAAAAUUGCAUAUUUUUCAUGAAAUUUUUAUUUUAUUUUAUUUUCAUUAGUUUAAUUUUAUUUAAUGUCCUCAAAAAUUACAUUUUGUCAAAUUUGCAAAAGCUAAAUAUUUCAAUUUCUAUUUUUUUUCUUUGCAGUGGGCCCCAAAUACUCCUUAGUACAAACAAGUAUUACCAAUAUGCACAGUUCCUCUGAAAAAGACAAAGAAAAAGCACUUAGAGGUGAAAGCCUGUCUCUGCCAUGCUCAGGCUAAAGUAUGUUCCAAACACAACCCCUAACUUGGACUAACUUAUUCCAAAUAUGUGUAGCAAGGAAUCUUUUCCAUGAAGAGGGAACAAAUACAAAUAACACUCAAGACGAUAUUGAAGUAAAAAGAAAAAAAUUCACAUUUUCCUAACUUUUGCACUUCAUACCAUUUUCUUAUUUAAUUGAUGAACAGAUUUCUUAAAAAAGAAAAAGAGCAAAAACACAGACCAAAAAGAACACUACCUCCUUUUGGAAUAUUUUUCCCCCUUGCAUCCUUCCUCGAUAACAACAAACGCCAAAAUUUUGGCCCCCCCAAAAAAAUCACAUCACUAACUGUAAAGACUACCUCGCCGUAGCUUGAACCUGAAGCGCUCUCUUUUUCUCUCUAAAUGUCAAAGUGUCACUCAUUCGUGCAAAUAGAGGCUCUGACCAAAAAUAUCCCAAAGACCCCCCCCCCAAAAAAAAAACAGUGAAACCCACACACACACACACCAAUGGAGCGGUUUAUGUCGACGAUCUCGUGCUUUAAGGUACACCUGUAAACAAAACUGUUUUAUAAAGAUUGUUCGCAGGUCACCGUGUAACAUUUCUUAACAUCAUAACCUGAUGUAUUAUUGUAUAUUCAUAAUUGACUUAUCUCUCCGGGGGGGGGGGGUUCUUUCCUUUUCAUUUUUUCCUUUUCAUUUCCUUUCCUGUUCAACUGUUCCGAUUGGUAUACUGUACUGCUAAACGCUGAAGUAUAUGUAUUUAUCAUAUUAAGUACAGCAGGUAUAUUGGUUUUAAUAGUUUCCAUGUUUUCGGUUCUUCAUAAAAAAAAAAAAAACGUCUGGGACGCAGAUAAUUGUUUGGGUUUUUUUAAUGUAUUAUCGCUAAAGGAAAAAAAAAAAGAUUGAAAAAGUUAGAUCAGUGGUUUUAGGUAAGACCUGUUUGUAUAU